AUGUCACUUCCUCGGCUACUACGAUCUCCCUGCACACGUGCUGCCAGCAAAUCACUCCGCAAGACACAAGCUGCACAGCUGCGACAACUAUCAAGACCAUUUUCCACAUCACUGAACCGACGGGAUCAAUGGACCUGGGAAAAUGAAGCACACGCAAAGCUUCCGGGCAUCGACCCGGCCCUUUGUGAAGUCACGAAUACCAUCACUCCAAAAGCACUCGUCGCGAAUCAAGAUCUUGUCUUCGGUCGCACAUUCACAGAUCACAUGCUGUCCAUCGAGUGGACUGCUGCACAAGGCUGGCUGGCCCCUCGCAUAACGCCUUACCAAAAUCUCUCGCUCGACCCUGCCACAUGUGUGUUUCAUUAUGGAUUCGAGUGUUUUGAGGGAAUGAAGGCGUACAAGUGUGCAAAAGAUGGCUCAUUGCGUCUGUUCCGACCAGACAAAAACAUGGCGCGUAUGAACAAGUCCUCCGCCCGUAUUGCGCUGCCUACAUUCGACAGUCAGAAGGUCAUUGAUCUGAUCGGGAAGCUGUGCAAGAUAGAUGAGCGUUUCAUCACCUCGGAGAAGGGUUAUUCGUUAUAUCUACGGCCUACCAUGAUUGGUACACAACGAACGCUGGGUGUUGGUCCACCAGGCUCGGCACUGCUCUACGUCAUUGCAUCCCCAGUUGGUCCCUACUAUCCCACAGGAUUCAAGGCCAUCAAUCUCGAAGCCACAGACUACGCCGUACGCGCAUGGCCAGGCGGUGUGGGAGACAAGAAACUCGGCGCCAACUAUGCGCCGUGCAUCGUCCCACAGCUCAAGGCCGCGCAGAAAGGUCUGCACCAAAAUCUCUGGCUCUUCGGACCCGAGGAAAACAUCACCGAGGUCGGAACGAUGAACCUCUUCGUCGCCAUGAAGAACAAAGAAACCGGCCAGAAAGAACUUCUCACGGCGCCUUUGGACGGCACCAUCCUCGAAGGUGUCACCCGUGACUCAGUGCUCACACUGGCCCGGGAACGAAUGGAACCCGAAGGCUGGAAGGUGACGGAACGAUAUGUUCGCAUGCCCGAAAUCGUCGAGGCCGAGGCCGAUGGCCGCCUGCUGGAGGUCUUUGGAGCUGGAACUGCUGCAAUUGUGGCUCCAGUCAGGAAAAUCUCCUACAAGGAGAAGAUGGUCGAUUGUGGGUUGAAGGAAACUGAGGAGGCUGGCCCAGUCGCCCUCCAGAUGAAGAGCUGGAUUGAAGCGAUCCAGUAUGGUGAUGAAGAUCAUCCUUGGAGCGUCAAGAUCUGA